UCAGGGUGGGCUGCUGGGGGCAUCAGGCAAGUUUUGGUUUGCUGUGCUUUGCCUUUUUAAGGGAGUUUGGGGAGAGAGAAGGGAAGUUUGAGGAUGAUGAGGGCAAGGGGCGCUUGGGCAUCUCCUCUGGUGGUUGUCCUCUGGGUAUUGAGCCUGACUUUCAUCGGGGAAGGGGCUCAGGGGCGAACCCUGGAAGAUCAGGAUUAUUACAUUCAAGAGAUCCUGAAUCGGGGUCAUUACUAUGCCUUCCCGGAGCCCGAGGAGGAGACUGCCACAGAGCAGCCCAGAGAGGAAAUGGAGGAACUGGGGCGCCCUGAAGAGAGGAGGCAGACCCCUAAAUUCAAACCAGCCAAGAAAGACCUAAAGCCGAAGAAAGCAAAGAAAGAAAAACUGAUGCUCGAGACGCCUCCAGGCAAAAAUGGCAAUAAGAAAAGUGAAAAGAACAGAAGUCAUGACAAAGUUUCAAAUGGAGAAAAUGAAUCCCAAAAUGUUUCUGAAGACGUCAGAGAAAGUUGUCCUCCUCUGGGAUUGGAGACAUUAAAAAUCACGGACUUUCAGCUGCAUGCCUCAACAGUUAAGCGAUACGGCCUGGGGGCUCACAGAGGCAGGCUCAACAUUCAGGCAGGUAUUAAUGAAAAUGACUUUUAUGAUGGAGCUUGGUGUGCAGGAAGAAAUGACCUUCACCAGUGGAUUGAAGUCGAUGCCAGGAGGUUGACAAAGUUCACAGGUGUCAUCACCCAAGGCAGGAAUUCGCUGUGGUUGAGUGACUGGGUGACAUCUUACAAGGUGAUGGUAAGCAAUGACAGUCAUACCUGGAUCACUGUUAAGAAUGGAUCAGGAGAUGUGAUAUUUGAAGGAAACAGUGAAAAAGAAAUCCCAGUCCUCAACGAACUUCCAGUUCCAGUGGUGGCCCGUUAUAUCCGCAUAAACCCUCGGUCAUGGUUUGAUAAUGGGAGCAUCUGCUUAAGGCUAGAAAUUCUAGGCUGUCCAUUACCUGAUCCCAAUAACUACUAUCACAGAAGGAAUGAAAUGACAACUACAGAUGACUUGGAUUUUAAGCAUCACAACUACAAAGAAAUGAGACAGUUGAUGAAGAUUGUGAAUGAAAUGUGUCCAAAUAUCACAAGGAUUUACAAUAUUGGCAAAAGCCACCAAGGACUGAAGUUAUAUGCGGUGGAAAUCUCUGACAACCCGGGAGAACAUGAAGUUGGUGAACCAGAAUUCCGCUAUAUAGCAGGGGCGCAUGGGAAUGAGGUGCUUGGACGAGAGCUCAUGCUUUUAUUGAUGCAGUUUCUGUGCCAAGAAUAUAGGGCUGGGAACACACGGAUCGUCCGACUCAUUGAAGACACCAGGAUUCAUCUUCUUCCUUCUGCCAAUCCAGACGGUUAUGAGAAAGCUUAUGAAGUGGGCUCUGAAUUGGGAGGAUGGUCUCUGGGACGUUGGACCCAUGAUGGUAUUGAUAUCAACAACAAUUUUCCAGAUUUAAAUACUCUGCUUUGGGAAGCUGAGGAUCGUCGGAAUUUUCCAAGAAAGGUCCCCAAUCACUACAUUCCAAUACCUGACUGGUUUCUAUCUGAAAAUGCUACGGUGGCAGUUGAGACAAGGGCAAUAAUAGCCUGGAUGGAAAAAAUUCCAUUUGUGCUGGGAGGUAAUUUGCAAGGAGGAGAAUUGGUGGUGGCAUAUCCAUAUGAUAUGGUCAGAUCAUUAUGGAAGACCCAGGAGCAGACACCUACCCCUGAUGAUCACGUAUUCCGAUGGUUAGCCUAUUCCUAUGCAUCAACCCACCGACUCAUGACAGAUGCCCGGAGAAGAGUCUGCCACACUGAAGAUUUUCAGAAAGAGGAUGGGACUGUGAAUGGAGCUUCUUGGCAUACUGUUGCUGGAAGUCUGAAUGAUUUUAGUUACCUUCACACAAAUUGUUUUGAGCUGUCAAUAUAUGUGGGCUGUGAUAAAUAUCCUCAUGAAAGUGACCUACCUGAAGAAUGGGAGAAUAAUCGUGAAUCUUUGAUAGUGUUUAUGGAACAGGUGCAUCGUGGUAUCAAAGGCAUAGUAAGAGACACACAUGGUAAAGGAAUUCCAAAUGCUAUCAUUUCUGUGGAAGGUGUCAACCAUGAUAUUCGAACAGCCAACGAUGGAGAUUAUUGGCGUCUCCUAAAUCCCGGAGAAUAUGUAGUCACUGCCAGGGCAGAAGGCUUUACCUCUUCAACGAAGAACUGUGCCGUGGGUUAUGACAUGGGAGCCACUCGGUGUGACUUUACAAUCAGCAAGACCAACCUUGCAAGGAUUAGAGAAAUCAUGGAGAAAUUUGGAAAGCAGCCGAUCAGCCUACCAGUCAGGCGCUUGAAGCUGAGAGCCAGGCAAAGGCGGCAGCGGAGAUAAUACCCUGACAGAUGGGUUUAUAAGUCCUGUUUAAAUCAAAACCAAUUAUAUUAGUAGCUAC